AUGGCUGGUCCUAUUCGCACCGAUUCUAUUGUUGACCACACUGAGGUUGUCUGGGUUGAUGAAAACAUUCAUGAGUACAUACAAACACAACAAAAGUUUCGUCAGAAUAUAAAGACGCUCUAUACAUUCAAUGAUGCUGAAAAAUGUGUUCAAUAUAUCGUUGCUAAUCCGACAAAAAAAGUAUUUUUAAUUAUUCGUGGGUCGCUCGCAACUCAAAUUCUUCAACGUGAAGAAGAUUUAAAGUCAAUAAUCAAUGUUUAUAUAUUCUGUCUUAACAAAAACAGGUAUAAAAAUGAGUUGGAAAAUAAUUAUCAGAAAGUCAAGAGCGGCGGAAUUUUUGAUCACGACGAAGACCUUCUUUUAAAAAUAAUGGAAGACAUGGUAAAUUUUUUCGAGCAAGAAGAACCAAAUGGAAAGGGUGGUGAAGAAGCGCAAAAACUGAAAGAACUACAUGAUAAAUUGUACAAGACAAAAUGUACACUAAUGUGGAAACAAGCUCCAUUCGAAGAAGAUAGACCUUCUGAGUCAGCCUCAGACUUGACCUAA